GCUUCAGUUGGCAGAUCGAUCGGUACCCGCAGCAUGGCGCUCAACUGGUUCCUCAUCGUCGUUGUCGUGCUCAUGAGCUUCGUCUUCCUCGCCGCCAACGUCUACAUCCUUGUCUACUUCCAGCACCCGGAUGAUAAGAACACUGCGUACUUUCCCAAGCUCCUCGUCAUCGUCGGUCUCCUCCUCGCCGAAGCUUGCAUCCUGCUCCUCCCGCUCGACGUCGCCAAUAAUUCAACCGCCAUUGGGUGCGACGCGGGCUGGAACAGCACCUGCGGCAACCUCGACAUGGAGGUGCUCUGGCUCAUCGUCUUUAUGGCCAUCGUCGUCUUCCUCGUGCUGCUGCUGCCGUUUGCGAUCUACUACUACGAAGCGGACGACGGCUUUGACGACGCCAAGGCCGCGUCGCGCUGGCUCGAUGCUCUCAAGAUGGAAGUCGGGACGCUCAUCGUUGUCGCGAUCGUGAUUGCAAUCACGUACACCACGUCGUCGACGUCGACGAUCCCGUACGAAGCCAUUGUCAUGAGCUCGAUGCCGAAUGGAUCGAUCCCGAUCACGGCAAGCAAUGGCAGCAGCAGUGUGGCCAAUGCGACCAUUGUCGUCCCGUCGGCGCUGGCUGCGUACGCUGGCUUUCACGAGUUUACGGACGGGUCCGUCAUUAGCUCGGACGAGCGCCUCGCUGCACUCACGCACCCCGUGCAAGCGACCAACAUGACCGUCGCGGUCUCGGUGCCCAUCUACAUCACCGCGCUCUUUAGCUUUGUGGGCUGGUUCGCCUUUACGAUCUUUGUCGCGAUCGGCCUUAUCGCGCUGCCGCUCGACUUGAUCUUGGCCUUCUUUUACCGCCCGCGCUUCAUGCCCGCCGACAUUUAUGCGCAGCAAAAGAUGCUCAUCCAGAUCCGGUCGCUCGAGCUUCUGGAAGUCGGCAAAGAAAUCAAGGCGCAGCAGCUCACGGUCACGGGUUCGAAGCUCUCGCUGCGGGAGCGCCAAAAGCAAGCCCGCCAAGACCUGCUCAUGAUGAACAAGUUCAAGCAGGCCGUCUACUUGCUCGAGAAGGACGUCCAGGAACUCAAACUGUGCCACGAAGACUACAAGAACUACAACCCGUUAGUUCCGUUCGGGAAGCUCGUGCUCGGGUUUCUCUGCUCGAUCGUGAGCUUUCUCUGGGUGCUCCAGAUCAUCCUCGCCAUGCUCCCUCGCGUGCCCAUCGUGCCGUUCCUCAACAACUACUUUAUCUGGUUCGACUCGUGGUUCCCGCUCUUCGGCACGAUCUCUGUCGGGCUCUUUACGCUGUACCUGCUCGCGUGCUGUGUCAAGGGCUGCUUCAAGUUUGGCAUGCGCUGCUUCUGCUGUGCGCUGCACCCGAUGGAGUUUAACGGCACGUACAUGAACUCGUUCCUCUUUAAUCUCACGCUCAUCUUGCUCUGCUGCAUCCCAUGCGUCCAAUUCGCCAACCAAGCCUUUGGCGACUAUGUCCGCCUCACGACGAUCCAAACCAUGAUGGGGGUCCAGCUCAAGUACAUGAAGGGCUUUACGUUCUUUUGGGCCAAAAACGUGUUUCUCUACAUCUUGCUCGUGCUUGCCUUCCUCACGCUCAUCUACCUCGCGAUCCGGCCCCGCGACACGUCGUCCAAGACAGACAAGAUCCGCAAGAAAAUCGAAAAGCAAGUGCGCCUUGCGACGGCGUAAGUCAAAACCAAUGACACUUUUUUUCAUUACUACCCA